AUGCUCCGGCUCCUUGCAAAGAUCUCCCUGCUACUCUUCCCCAUUUGCUUUUAUGGCGCAGAAGGGCAAGGGGCUCCCGACACCGAGGCUAUCUGUUUCGAAGGGUUUGCAGGCGACGGAAACGUUGGGGUAUGCCGUACCGCACAAGAAGAUGCCACGCAAACACACCUUUAUACGUGCCCAUAUUCAUAUUGCUCGUCUGACGGCAAUAAAUGGGUAUUGAUGAGAGGAUGUCAACUGAUAGGAUCAAAGGACAAAGGCCAAAGUGAGCAACAAUGUGUGCUGUAUUGUUGGGACCCAGUAAAGAAUAAUUGGGUCUGUACCAACUCCGGGGAGGACUCUUAUACAUGCACUGAUCGUGCAGGAGACUACAUUGUAUGCACUCGUUGCACGGAGGUCCCCAAAUCUUGA